UGGCAUCCCGGCUGGGACCCAGCUGGGAAGCGGGGCCAGAGGGGCUGCGGGAACGGGGGCCUGGAGGACAGGGGACCUAGGGGACCCCAGGACAGAGGGACCCAAGGGCCACCAGGACCCAGGACUGAGCAGGCACCAGGAGUGGGGACAGAAGGGACAUGGGAAGUGGGGACCCAGGAGACAGGGGGACCCAAGGGCCACUGGGACCCAGGACCGAGCAGGCACCAGGUGUGGGGACAGGAGAUGCAGGGAGUAGGGACCAUGGGGCCACCGGGUGCAGGGACUAAGGGGACAUCAGGAGAGACCAAGGGGACCCAGGGACUGAGAAAUGAGGGGACACUGAGAACAAGGAGCAAGGGGCCACAAGCAAUGAGGUGACAUGGGGACUGAGAGGCCACCGGGAGCAGAGACCGAGGGGAUGUGGGGACAGAGGGGCCAUGGGGACCGAGGGACCAUGGGGAAUGGGGACUGAGGGGCCAUGGGGACCAAGGGGCCACCAGAAGUGGGGACCGAGGGGCCAUGGGCAAUGAUGGGCCACCGGGAGCAGGAACGGAGGGGCCACUGGGAGU